AUGACUCCGGCCAAAAGAUCUAACAUUUUGUUUGGGGAGCAGAACAAGAAGCCGAGGCUGAUGGAGUUUUUUCCGGCGAUGUCGUCGGAGAGCUGUGGUGGUGGUCAUACGUUGCCGCUUAUUUGCCAGCUGGAGCACCAAAGACCGGAGGAGACUGUGACGGAGAACGGCGGAGCCAUCUCGAGUCCCAUCGACUUGACAUUAAGGCUGUGA